UACGAUAAUUUUCAAAGUAACAUCAGGCAAUGAUGUACUGUUGGCAAAUUUCUUAAUACACGAACUAUUUUCUUAGUUUAUAAUAUCCACGUACAAAAAGAUGCUCUUUUUAGAGUUGAGAAACAAACUUGGCCAGCAACGAAGAUAAUACCGAGUCUCAUUAACGAGUUAUAGUCUUUUUCCAUCUGCUCCCGUCAAAUUUGCUCCGUGUGGCUUAGCAUGUUAUUGUCGUCGGUCCUUUAAACGGUCUUAAAAAAAACUUUCCCUAUAUACUAUGGGCGCAAAGUUACGACGCCCAUAAUCUCGCCUCUGCCUUCGCAGUACUUUAAGAAAUCGAGAAGUUUAAUGCGACUUUGCGCGCGAUGCUUUUUAGCGCAAAGUCUAUAAUGCGCGGAGAACAACUCGCGAAACAACACGCUACCAUUUCUUUCUCGUCUUCUUUUUUUUCUUUAUCUCUGCUCACAGCCGAUGCCGUCUCGUUUCCAGAGUACUUAUGCCAUGGAACUUGGGUGGAGAACGACACCGCUUACUUGGUGGCUAGCACCGACGUUGGGCGUUACUGCCUCGUUUACAGCGCGUCCGCCGCGACGACAGGAAGUCGUGAACUCUCGGUGACGGGCCAUCUCGCUUCCUGUCCGAGAGCCUCUCAUCGCUAUCCAGUUUCGUGGCAGGUGAACCUCACGUCGUACGCUCAAUGUGGCGACGUUUCGUCGGGGACCACGUGGGCACUUCGGGUGCCAAUGUCUCUUCUCUACAUCGUUUUCCUCGGAGCUCUUCUCGCCAGAUACAUCGCGAGGUGAUGCCACUGAGCCGAGACGCGCCACACACCUGUGGCUAUAUAGUUGAAAGAACAAAGACUUUUAUUGCGAAAUAUUUGCAUUUGUGGUGAUUAUAUGUGACAUUCUGGUACGGUGAGGUAAACUAAAUAAUCAAUCUUACUUAGGACAUAAGUGAAUGCGUGCGUUAUGACGCAGGGAUAGAUGAAGUGAUUAAGAAAAAUUAAAGAGACAAGUCGAAAACGGGUAAGGUAUACAUAUAGAAAUGCAUGUGCCAGCCCCGCGAAUGUGGCAGAGCCAAGUGUGGAAGCGAGGCUUUAUGAAUGUAUAUAAAAUUCGAUGCGAAACGUGAGCUUCCUACACACGUUCCGCUACGCGCGAGACAUCAAUUGAUAAAUAAUAUUAUUGAAGAAAAAGUCAAAAACUCAAUUAUCAAAACUCAACUAUCUUAUUAUAAAAGAGA